AGACAUUUGCCGGAGGUCACACAGCUAAUCUCACCUCCCCCUACUCCCGCCUUCCCCCUGCACCAUGGCUCCGGGCCCCUUCUCCUCCGCGCUCUUCUCGCCGCCGCCCGCUGCCCUGCCCUUUCUGCUGCUCCUCUGGGCGGGGGCAUCUCACGGCCAGCCCUGCCCCGGCCGCUGCAUCUGCCAGAACGUGGCGCCCACGCUGACCAUGCUGUGCGCCAAGACCGGCUUGCUCUUCGUGCCGCCGGCCAUCGACCGGCGCGUGGUGGAGCUGCGCCUCACCGACAACUUCAUCGCGGCCGUCCGCCGCCGGGACUUCGCCAACAUGACCAGCCUGGUGCACCUGACCCUCUCCCGGAACACCAUCGGCCAGGUGGCAGCCGGCGCCUUCGCCGACCUCCGCGCCCUGCGCGCACUGCACCUGGACAGCAACCGCCUGGCCGAAGUGCGCGGCGACCAGCUCCGCGGCUUGGGCAACCUCCGCCACCUGAUCCUUGGCAACAACCAGAUCCGCCGGGUGGAGUCGGCGGCCUUCGACGCCUUCUUGUCCACGGUGGAGGACCUGGACCUGUCCUACAACAACCUCGAGGCCCUGCCGUGGGAGGCCGUAGGCCAGAUGGUGAACCUCAACACCCUCACGCUGGACCACAAUCUCAUCGACCACAUCGCCGAAGGGACCUUCGUGCAGCUUCACAAACUGGUCCGCCUGGACAUGACCUCCAAUCGCCUCCAUAAACUGCCCCCUGAUGGGCUCUUCCUGAGGUCGCAGGGCACCGGGCCAAAGCCGCCCACGCCGCUCACGGUCAGCUUUGGCGGCAACCCGCUGCAUUGCAACUGCGAGCUGCUCUGGCUGCGGCGGCUGACCAGAGAAGAUGACCUGGAGACGUGCGCCACCCCCGAGCACCUCACUGAUCGCUACUUCUGGUCCAUCCCGGAGGAGGAGUUCCUGUGUGAACCCCCGCUGAUCACGCGGCAGGCGGGGGGCCGGGCGCUGGUGGUGGAGGGCCAGGCGGUCAGCCUGCGGUGCCGCGCGGUGGGUGACCCCGAGCCGGUGGUGCAUUGGGUGGCCCCUGACGGGCGGCUGCUGGGGAACUCGAGCCGGACCCGGGUCCGGGGGGAUGGGACGCUGGAUGUAACUAUCACCACCUUGCGGGACAGCGGCACGUUUACUUGCAUUGCCUCCAAUGCCGCCGGGGAAGCCACGGCACCCGUGGAGGUGUGCGUGGUGCCUCUGCCGCUGAUGGCGCCCCCGCCGGCCGCCCCGCCGCCUCUCACCGAGCCUGGCUCCUCCGACAUCGCCACGCCCGGCCGACCUGGUGCCAACGAAUCGGCCGCUGAGCGGAGGCUCGUGGCAGCCGAGCUCACCUCAAACUCCGUGCUCAUCCGCUGGCCAGCCCAGAGGCCCGUGCCCGGCAUCCGCAUGUACCAGGUCCAGUACAACAGCUCCGCCGAUGACUCCCUCGUCUACAGGAUGAUCCCAUCCACCAGCCAGACCUUCCUGGUGAAUGAUCUGGCGGCGGGCCGCGCCUACGACCUGUGCGUGCUGGCUGUCUACGACGACGGGGCCACGGCGCUGCCGGCCACGCGGGUGGUGGGCUGCGUGCAGUUUACCACGGCUGGGGACCCGGCGCCCUGCCGCCCGCUGAGGGCCCAUUUCCUGGGCGGCACCAUGAUCAUCGCCAUCGGGGGCGUCAUCGUCGCCUCGGUCCUCGUCUUCAUCGUCCUGCUCAUGAUCCGCUACAAGGUCUACGGGGACGCCACGGCCGCGGCGGCCGAGACGGAUUCCGCGGAGCCGGAGGCGGUCCUGGGACGCUCGCUGGGCGGCUCGGCCACCUCGCUGUGCCUGCUGCCGUCCGAGGAGACCUCGGGGGAGGAGUCUUGGGGCGCGGCGGGCCCUCGGAGGAGCCGAUCCGGGGCCCUGGGGCCGCCAGCUUCGGCGCCCCCCACGCUAGCUCUGGUUCCCGGGGGGGCGCCGGCCCGGCCGAGGCCGCAGCAGCGCUAUUCGUUCGACGGGGACUACGGGGCGCUCUUCCAGAGCCACAGUUACCCGCGCCGCGCCCGGCGGACAAAGCGCCACCGGUCCACGCCGCAUCUGGACGGGGCCGGCGGGGGCGCGGCCGGGGAGGACGGAGACCUGGGGCUGGGCUCCGCCAGGGCGCGCCUGGCCUUCACCAGCACCGAGUGGAUGCUGGAGAGCACCGUGUGACGCCGGG